AUGCUGGGUGGAGUUUGCGAUCGAAAAGGUGUGCCACCGGCAGACAAACGAGGAAAGAGGAGACGAGGAACAGACGAGGAGGAGGUAGGCAGACAGGAGCAAAAGAGAGGAGCAGUGCCCAACCUGGGUGAGGCUGCGGCUACAACACCAGAAACAGACAAUGGCUGGGAGACACGAUGCAACCUGGGUCUGGGGAAGGAGAAAGAAGGCGGUUGGCAUGGAAGAAACAAGAGAAGGGCGAGACACCAAGUCGGCCGUGGCUGUCUGCAAUAUGCUCGCACGGCGCGCGGUGUGGAGUUGUAA